AUGGCUCUUCAUAUUCAUGAAGCUUGCAUACUGCUAUUGGUCAUCCCUGGAUUGGUCACCUCUGCUGCCAUCAGUCAUGAAGACUAUCCUGCUGAUGAAGGUGACCAGACCUCCAGUAAUGACAACCUGAUUUUUGAUGACUAUCGAGGGAAGGGGUGUGUGGAUGACAGUGGCUUUGUAUACAAGUUGGGAGAAAGAUUUUUCCCAGGGCAUUCCAACUGUCCGUGUGUCUGUGCUCUGGAUGGACCUGUUUGUGACCAGCCAGAAUGCCCUAAAAUUCACCCAAAGUGUACUAAAGUGGAACACAAUGGAUGCUGUCCUGAGUGCAAAGAAGUCAAAAACUUUUGUGAAUAUCAUGGGAAAAAUUACAAGAUCUUGGAGGAAUUUAAGCCCUCUCCAUGUGAAUGGUGUCGCUGUGAGCCCAGCAAUGAAGUUCACUGUGUUGUAGCAGACUGCGCAGUUCCUGAGUGUGUCAACCCAGUCUAUGAACCAGAGCAGUGUUGUCCUGUCUGCAAAAAUGGUCCAAACUGCUUUGCAGGAACGACUAUCAUCCCGGCUGGCAUUGAAGUGAAAGUGGAUGAAUGUAACAUCUGUCACUGUCACAACGGGGACUGGUGGAAGCCUGCUCAGUGUUCAAAACGUGAAUGCCAAGGCAAGCAAACUGUGUAG